AUACGAUCAUAUUAUCCUAAGACUCAAAAAGGGCAUUACCAAAGAGAUGGAUGAAGAAGAAAACCUGAGUUUUGACUUCGAGGGUAGUCUUGAUGUUGGUCCAUUCGUCUCCUCUGCCACGGUGCCCGUCGUCCAAGCAGAAGACAAAGUGUCAUCUGUGGGUUUGAUCACCGCCGCUCCAGUCCCCGCGGCAGAAUUUCAGUCUAUCAAUGUCGGAGUACGGAGAAGCUACCGGCAGACAGUAUGCCGGCAUUGGCUACGGGGACUCUGUAUGAAGGGUGAAGCCUGCGGUUUUCUUCACCAGUAUGUCAAGUCCAGGAUGCCCGUUUGCCGGUUCUUUCGAAUAUAUGGAGAGUGCCACGAGCAAGAUUGCUCAUAUAAACAUGCAAAUGAAGAUAUCAAUGAAUGUAACAUGUACAAGAUGGGAUUCUGUCCAAAUGGUCCCAAUUGUCGAUAUAGGCAUGCAAAGUUGCCUGGUCCACCACCUCCAGUAGAAGAAGUUCUCCAGAAAAUUCAGCGUCCAGGAUCACACAAUUAUGGGGGUGCAUCAAAUAGGUUUUUCCAGAACCCGAAUGGAAAUUACCCUCAACUUCUAGAAAAGUCUAAUAUGCCACCUGGCCAAAAUGCUAUGAGUCAAGGCAUGCCUGUAAGACCCAUGGUAGAGGCCCCAUAUUUGCAACAGCAGCAAGUGCAUUAUUCCCAACAACCAACUCCUUCACAUAAUAUUUCCAAUGGGCAACAAAAUCAAGGGAGUACAACAGGGGCACCAUUACCUCAAGGCAUAUCUAGGUACUUUAUAGUCAAAAGUUGCAACCGUGAAAAUUUGGAAUUAUCUGUACAACAAGGAGUAUGGGCAACUCAAAGAAGCAAUGAGGAAAAACUGAAUGAAGCUUUUGAUUCUGUUGAGAAUGUAAUUCUGAUUUUUUCAGUGAACCGAACUCAAAAUUUUCAGGGCUGUGCAAAAAUGACUUCCAGAAUUGGUGGAUUUGUUGGAGGAGGGAACUGGAAGUCUGCACAAGGAACUCCAAACUACGGGAGAAACUUCUCUUUGAAAUGGUUAAAGUUAUGUGAGCUAUCCUUUCAGAAUACCAGGCAUUUGAAGAACCCAUAUAAUGAGAACUUACCUGUGAAGAUUAGCAGGGAUUGCCAGGAGCUAGAGCCUUGUGUUGGAGAGCAGCUUGCAUCGCUACUUUAUCUUGAACGAGACAGUGAACUAAUGGCGAUCUCUGUUGCAGCAGAAGCAAGGAGAGAGGAAGAAAAAGCGAAGGGAGUAAAUUUGGAGAAUGAGAACCCAAACAUAGUUACCUUUGAGGAUAACGAGGAGGAAGAAGAUGAAGAGGAGGAAGAAAGUGAGGAGGAAGAAGAUGAAAGCUAUGCAUCCUUUGGAGUAGGUAGAGGAGUAGGAAUAGGAAGAGGAGGAAUGAUGUGGGCCCCACUUCCUAAUAUCAUGGGAGGACAUGGCAUGAGACCGCCACCUUAUUAUCCAGGAAUGCCAGGAGUUUUCCCACCUAUACUCCCGUAUGGUGGUGGAAUGACACCAAUCCCAGACAUGUUUGGUCCACGUUCUUUUCCUCCUUUUGGUCCUAGUUCUUUUCCUCCUUUUUUCGGUCCUCAAGUUGGUGGAAUGGGAUUGAUUAUGGGUCCUGGACGUGGUCCUUUCAUGGGUCCUAGAGGUGGUGAUCGAGGACCAAUUGGGAUGCAACAAUCUACAUUCCCUCGUGUGGCUAGAAAGGACCAGAAGAUUCAAAGUGGCGGCGGUUCAAAUCAAGUACUCAUGAAGGAUCUAGAAGUAGAGAAGGAACAACAAAAACAAAGGUAUCAGGGUAGAGGAAAAGGGCGGCAUAAGGAGGUCGAGAGUGAAAGCGGAGAUGAGGCACCGAGAAGGUCCAGGCACGGGGAGAGCAAGACUGGGAGAUGAUAGAUAGAAGAAAAUGAAGAAAAAGAAGAUCCUCAUCGGCCCAUUUCUUGAACUUCUUGAUUAGCUUUUGUAUUGUUAAUACUAACAUUCAACAAUAUAGUUGUGUAGUUGUUACUGUUAAAUAGGACUGCAAUUGUGUCAUUGGUGAGAUGAUAAAUAAUAUAGAGGUCUUUCUCAUUUUCUUCUCA